AUGCCUCAAUGGGCCAGCGCUGAGGGCAGUGGUUCAGAAGCGGCAUCUCCCGAUCAAAUGAUGCUGUGCUACGACGACGGCGCUUCUGAGUAUUUCGACAGUAAACAAGAAGAGGUCGAUAUAAAAAUCGAACAAGCUGGCGAUUUCUACGACAGUGGGAGUGGUAGUGACGAACUCGUUCCCCGAAGGCCGUGCAGGCCACGGCGGACACCUGCAGGCUCCUCGUCUUCGGGAACCACGAGUGGCUCCAGUGGGCCCGGUCGACGACGCCGCUGUGGCAUAUCCGCCCGCGAGCGUAAUUUGCGUAGAUUAGAAAGCAAUGAACGGGAACGAAUGCGGAUGCAUUCGCUAAAUCGUGCGUUUGAGGAUCUCCGUCGUGUUAUUCCCCACGUUAAAAAGGACAAUCGUAGUCUGUCAAAGAUAGAAACAUUAACUCUUGCCAAAAAUUAUGUAAAAGCCCUGACAAAUGCCAUAUGCACCAUGAGGGGUGAAGUUCCUCGAUAUCUAUUUAAUAGUGAUGAUGAAAACGUUGAACCAGUUUUCGUUCUGAGCAGGGAACAAGAACAUAACAACAACCUACCAAAUGUUCAAGAUACCGAGGACCCAAUGCCGGUACAAAGAGGAUGCCUUUGAGAACACAAUAUUUUCUAAACGUUCAGGCUCUCUAACUAUGUCAGCAUGCACACAAGGAAAAACGUGUAGAAAUAAUGUUCGAUAACGUUAAUUCUAAAUAUUUUUCCCUUCAUGCUCCUUAAAUGAAUCCUACGACUACCUUGCAAUGUAUGGACAUCGAGACAGAACAAACAUGAUAUAUUACCUAGUCGUAGAUUUACUUACAUAAAACGGUUAUUUAUGACAUUGAAAAAAUGAUGCUAUUUCAAGAAUAAAAAAAAUCUAAAAAAAAUAUUUAGUUAAUUGGUUAUUGUUGUACCUGCUAUACUAAAACUGAUUUAAAAAUAGAAUCGAAUUUGGGCUUUCGCAUAUUU